CGUUUGCUUUCGGCUGUUUGCGUGAAGUUCACGUGCAAAUUAAACGUGUCGGAAACAACAAACUCCCCACUUAAAAAGAGUGACAGGGCGGUAAACAAAAGGUUGAAGGGAUGUUUUUUUUUAACGCUCUCUGGGGAGGUGUGGUCAAGGCUUCAGCUCCGAGUUUUACGUAACGAGAGCAAACGUGACCACGUUGAGCGACGCUCGCAGCCAGCGGCGCAAAGUGACUCAGGCGUCCGAAGCGCAGCUGAACGUCUCGCUUCUCCGUUUUUCUACAUAGCGAAGGUCUGAAAUCACCAGGGAGGGCGUCCCGGUGUGUGCGCGAGGAGAGCAGCUGGUCCUCCCGGCUUCUUCUUCUUCUUUUUUUUUUGUUUUUGUUUUGGAGUGGAUGGGAAGGAGAGCCCAGGCUACAAGUGCAGCCUUGAGGCGAAGGAUGUGAAGGAGGGAACAAGGAUGUGCUCUACGGAAAGCAAGCCGACGUCGCCGGACCCCGCGCUCCUCCUGGAGCUGAAGACCAGGCGGCCUCCGUCGCUGCUGGACCUGGCGGGAUGCGAGACGUGGAGCGUGGACUUCUCCCCGGACGGAGCCUGGUUCGCCUGGUCGAUGGGACACGGCAUCGUGUGGGUGGUCGCCUGGCCUCUCGACUCCGAAGAGGGCCAGGAUGGAGAGACGGACCGAGCGGACAAGAGCUUCAGCUGUGGCCACCCGGUGUGGGGGCUGGCCUUCGGACCCAGGCCCCCCAGAUCAGCGGCGGCGGCACCUCCGACUAAACCGGCCCAAGGAUCGAAGGGGAAAAGCACCCUGCUCCUGGCCACCGGCCUGGAGAACGGGGUGAUCAAGGUCUGGAACGUGUUGACAGGCAACGCCGUUUUUGAUCUCCACGGCCACGAGGGAGUCGUCAGGAAUCUGUUCUUUCCACAGAACGGCUCCCUCACGCUCGUCUCGUCUUCUCGGGACAAGACGUUGAGGGUUUGGGACCUGGCUCGCAAAGGUAAAAACGUGCAGGUGCUCUCUGGCCACAAAGACUGGAUCAGCUGCUGCUGCGUCUCGUCCGACUGCAGCAUGAUCGCCUCCGUUGGCAGGUUUGACAGAAUGGUGUGCCUGUGGAGUCUGCGCUCGUACACGUUUAUCAGGAACCUGACGGGGGGGACCAACAAGAAGCUGUGCCUCCUGUCCUCCUGCGACUUCUCUCCAGACGGAGCGGUUCUCGCCACCGCGGCCUUCAGCGGCUCCAGCUGGUGGAUCGACCUUUGGGAUCCCUACACCGCCGAGAAACUGGCCACUCUGGCGGAUUACUUUGAAGAUUACGGGCAAAACCAGAUAUCUGCAAUACAGUUCUCCCCGGAUGGUCUGCAUUUGGCAAUUGUGACCGAUGACAGAGCUCUGAGGAUCUGGGAGCCCGGAGAGAGACAUAUGGCAAUGCAGACGAAGAGAGACAGAGACUCCAGUGGCCUGUGCUGCAACUACCAUCCACAAGGGGGCGUGAUUGCAACAGGGACCAGGGACGGCCACGUGAGGUUCUGGAGGACGCCCAGGACGGUCCCCAGCUUGUGCCACCUGUGCCGCUCCAUCAUGCGUCACUCUGUCUCCACGCACCAGAUCGAGGCGCUGCCGCUCCCCAAAAGGAUCCUCGAGUACCUCACCUACAGGAACAUCCCCGAGCGCCUCAAGACCUGCUGCUCGUCAGACGAAGAGGACUGGGAGAGUUAA